AUGGUUGUUAUUGUUGUAUCACUGUUUCUGCCAUUCCAGCCACAAUUUGAGAUCGAUGCAUCCGAAGGCGACGCAGCGGCUUUGAUCGAGUCGCAGCCCGUUAAGCUACCUUCGAAUAGCUAUGCAGGCCCUGAAAGUGGUGAUUCACUGCGCAAGAAUAGGGCAAACUCGGUACACUCGAAUUCUCCCUUUCUUGGAUCCGAUCUGGGCGACUCUGAGCAUGCGAACCCUGGUGUGUCGCGCGAAGCGGACGGAACACCAGCCAAAGGGCCUGUGACUGAUAUUUCUUCAGAAAAGUUUAUGGAAAACUUGACAGCCAAUGCUCACAACACAGGAGCAACUGGUACGCCUGUGAACCCAAUUCACAAUCACGCGAACACGUCAGUUGAAGAGUUUUUCUCGUCUCACUCCAGCGCUGCGCCUUUGGCUAACCUCAACCAGAGCGGAGCCUCGAGCAAAAACUAUUCCGCGACGUCAACACCGGGUACCGAAGCCAUCUUUAGUCCAGUCCCCACACACGACCCCACAGCAAACCUUCUGAGAAAUGUCAACAAAUCACUAUACCAGAAUGUUGUGAGUGGUGGUGCCAGCCCUGUGCUACCAGCGGCCUUCGAGGGAAAUACCCCGCCUCAGGCCUCACAACCUUCCGGUACUGUCAUCACGCCAAAAUCUAGAGAGCUUCCGGACUUGAAUUCAAGCGUCGUUGACCUCCCUAAGGCUAAGCAACAACAAUACUCACUGCCGGCAAUGCGGAGAGUGCACAGGAAGUCUUCAAACGCGUCACCUCCUCCUGUAGAAGCAAAGGAGUUUAAGGCACAACCUCAUUUGGCUAAGCACGCGUUAGUGCCGUCUGCCUUGAAAAAUGAGGUCAUUGAGGAGAGCGAUAGCGACAAUUUCCUUUCGGACAACGAAGGCGACGAAAGGUCAAGAGUUCCUCAAUUUGGCGGAUAUUCCAACACUGCUAGAACAAGAAGCGCCUUGCUUCGGGGCUCGAAGAACAUCUUUGGUAGAGUCCCUUGGAAGAUUGUUGCCUCCGGAAAGGGUAACGGUGGCCUGAAGAAUGCUAUUACUACUGCUGCUGCGGAAAAGACAAUCCCAGAGCCAGUCAAGUGGAUUGGUACCAUGGGCAUUCCAACCGAUUCAGUUCCAGGUAACGUUUUGAAGGAUGUUUCCAAUGAGCUGUCAUCGAAUUACAACUCCGUUGCAAUUAUUUCCGAUGACAUAACAUUUAAGGGGGCCUACAAAAACUUCUGUAAGCAGAUCUUGUGGCCCACUUUACACUAUCAAAUUCCUGAUAAUCCUAAGUCCAAGGCAUUUGAGGACCAUUCGUGGAACUACUAUCAGGAUUUGAACCAGUCCUUUGCUGACAAAAUCGUCGAAACCUAUAACGAUGGAGAUAUUAUCUGGAUUCAUGACUACCAUCUGAUGCUGGUACCGGGUAUGGUUAGGCAAAAGAUUCCAGACGCUAAGAUAGGAUUUUUCUUGCACGUAUCAUUUCCAAGUAGUGAGGUUUUCAGAUGCUUUGCUCAAAGAGAAAGCAUCUUGAAUGGAAUUGUUGGCGCAAAUUACGUGGGAUUUCAAACCGAAGAGUACGCGCGUCACUUCCUGCAGACUGCAAACAGAUUGUUGAUGACCGACGUUGAUACUAAAACCCUCAAAUACAGAGGGCGUGUUAUAGAAGUCGGGAGUGCGCCAAUCGGGAUUGACGCUUUUAUCUUGGAGUCAGAAUUAAGAAGUGAGCAGGUUCAGAAUUGGCGGCAACUAAUUCGUGGCAGAUGGGCCGGAAAAAAGCUCAUUAUUGGGCGCGAUCAGUUCGAUCGGAUCAGGGGGCUGAGAAAGAAGCUACUUGCUUACGAGCGCUUUUUGCGCGCAAACCCUGACUACGUUUCUCGCGUUGUCUUGAUUCAAAUUUGCUUGGGAUCAGAUAAAGAUCCGGAUUUGGAGCGGGAAAUCAUGAUAGUAGUUGACAGGAUAAACGCGUUAUCGCCAGAUAUUAGUGUCUCGCAACCUGUUGUCUUCCUCCAUCAAGACCUUGAAUUUGCGCAAUAUCUGGCUUUGAAUUGCGAAGCCGACAUGUUCUUGAUUACAACCAUGAGAGAAGGAAUGAAUUUAACUUGCCAUGAAUUUAUUGUAUGCUCGAGAGAGAAAAAUGCUCCUCUUUUGCUUUCAGAAUUUACUGGUAGUGCAUCUACCAUGAAAGACGGAGCCUUCCUCAUCAAUCCAUGGGACACAAAACAAAUUGCUCAAGAUAUAAAAACGGCACUGGAUUUGUCACCAGAGGAAAAGAGGCGUCGCUGGAAAGAGCUCUAUAAGAGCAUUAUGAGAAAUGAUUCAGAUUUUUGGAUUAAACAUUCACUUUCAGAGAUCAACACUUCCUGGGACUUUAACCAGGAAAGGUCAACGGUAUUCAACUUGUCCCUGGAUAGUUUGCUGUCUUCUUACAAAUCUUCCAAGAAGCGUGUCUUUAUUCUAAAACUGUCUGAACCACCUACCGCCAGAAUCAUCUCAAUUCUCUCAGACCUGAGUGCUACUAACAUUGUUUAUGCAUUCAGUUCAUUUUCAAGAAACAUGAUGGAAAGACUAUACACGCGUACUCCUAACGUUGGCCUUGUCGCUGAGAAUGGUGCGUUUGUUAGGCUAAACGGCCAUUGGUUCAACAUAGUCGAAGACAACUCGUGGAAAGACGACGUUAUUAAAGUUAUCGAGGAUAAGGUUGAGAGGCUUCCUGGCUCCUACUACAAGGCUGGUGAAUCCCUUGUCAGAUUCCACGCGGAAAAUGCAGAAGAUCAGGAUCGCGUUAGCGGAGUGGUUGGUGAAGCUAUCACUCAUAUUAACACGCUCUUCGGCGACAGAGGUAUUCACGCUUAUUUGCACAAGAACAUUGUGUUUGUUCAACAGGUUGGCCUUGCAUUGAAAGCAGUCCAAUUUUUGAUGGGCUAUUUCAAUUCCAUCAGCUCUACCACAAACACCACGCCUCAGCACUCGGUUGAGAACUCUCCUCUUUUGAGUCCUAUGAUGUCUCAGGGCAUGGCGAAUGAUGUUACAUCGCCUGGUGCUCAAAGCUCUGGCAGCUCGUACUUCAGUCUUGGCAGGAAUGUCACCCAUGUUGACUUUCUAGCCAUCACAGGAUCUUCCUCACCUGUAAUUGAACCAUUGUUCGACUACGUUAACGAUCUGGCGAAAAAGAGAUCUAUUAAAACGGGCUACAGUGUAGUCUACGGUAUUUCCUCGCUCUCCACCUAUGCCAAGGAUCACGUAGAGGGUCUCAACGAGCUGUUUAGUAUGCUUGAGAAACUAAUUGAGUCGCACCAAAACUGA